UAAAAGACCUUGUCGUAACUUUUCUUGAAUUUGGUGACUUAGGCGUUCAGAGGUACUCACCCAAAAAGGAACUUUCAGGGGAAAAUUUUCGAUUUGGACAAAGUGUGAAAAUAAAAUUAUCCCUUCUCAGAAAUCCGAGGCUCGUGUGCAGGAGGACGUUGCUUGAUUAUUUCCACUCCUUCCUUUUUUUCGUGUGGUCUUUACCCUUUUAGAGAGAGAGUGGAUUCCUCUCCUUGGUUGCAGCAAUGGUGGUCUUGAGAGAGAAGAUACAUAGGCUGCUUCGGUCCUGAAAGUAUCUGCUGUGUUUCGUGAAGAAUCCCCGAAGGGAUUCACCAAUGGAGAAUCCCUUUUCUUUCAAAGUGGGCCAAGUUAUGACCGGUUUUGGCAUUGGAUGCGGGGUUGGUAUAGGCGUUGGUCGCCCUCUCAACUUUGGUGCAAUACCAGUAUUUCAACAAGUACUUAGUGCCACAAGGGGCGCAACAGAUGCUUUCUCUGGUGUCGGGAGACACAUGAAUGGCUCUUUAACAAGGUUGGGCUUGAAGAGUUUUGAAGCAGGCAUUGGCUGUGGUGUUGGUAUUGGUCAUGGUUUUGGUGUUGGCAUUGCCUUAAAGCCUGGAGUGGUGCAUGACAUUCAAUCAUAUCUUGGACAAGCUAUGGAGAAGAUGAUGAAAAACCUUCCAGGUGUGCCUGGAUUAUUGGAUAGCCAGAAUAUCAUUCCACAAUCUUCGCAAACCAACUACCUCAAAACUAACGCACACCGUGAGGGAAAUGCAACUCAGAUGGAAUCUAAUACUUCAGGCAGCAAGCUGCAACAUCCAAAGGAAGAUAGUUUGCUUUUGAAAUCUCCAAGUGAAUAUUCAUCCAUUAGCUCUCUCUCUGAUACUUCAAUUGGCACUCGCUCAGAGAAAAUUAUCAGUGGUUUCAUACAGAAUCCAGUUUUGCAAAACCAGGCUGACUUAGAGCUCAAUGAGCUGGCUGGAAGGUUGCAGUCUGAAAGAAAUUUCCUUCAAGUGCUACUGAGGCACCAAGAAAUUAUCGAAGAGUUGGCUAAGGAGAAUCAGAAUCUUCGGCAGAUACUUGUAGAAGAGUUGAAGGUGUCUGCGUCUAAGUUCCACUUUAGUGAGAGGGCCACUAAAGUUUCCAGUGUUUGCAGUGAUUGUUUCGAUUGCCGAAGGAGACAAAGGAAAUCCCCCAGGUAAACAUAUCCAUGUAGAGGAUAGCUGAGCACCAUCGUCAACUGCUCCAUUCCCUCUCCAAAUACAUUCAAGAUGUUGGUAUGUAUAUUAAUGUAUGGAUAGAUGAACACGAGUACAUGUUCUCUCCAUACUCUGCAAUGAAAAUUUGAUGCCUUAGGCAUUCUACUCAAGAGAAGGCCUAAGAUGAUUUGUUUCUUUCCUUUUGUUAUCUUUUUUUUGGCCUUCAUUCGUUUUUGUAAUAGGAGAUCAUUGAGUAGUACACUCACAAGUUGAAGGGAUUCAUUGGUUGUUUUGUGCUGCAUUUUUCUCUGUGAAGGAAAGGAAGACCUGUAUACGAACUGUUUGCUGUCUUAUCCUGUGCAACAUGGUUGAACUUUUAGCUUUC